AUGGUGGUAGCUAUAGAUAAGAAGAAGAAACGACCCUCGUCCAUCAACCCUAGCCUUGAAUCGCAAAAUCCCAAUGCAGACUUUAUUCUGGCAAAGUUGGAGAGGGACAUGACGAGCCCAAUCAAAGCAUCUAUGCGCGCAAGUAUGGACGGCAAGGGCAUGCUGCAAGCAGAGUUUGAGACGGCCAGAAAGUCUUCGGAAGACAGGGAGGUGCGAUCCUCCAAGGCUGAUGCUAUCGAUUGGGAUUUCUGGGGAAAUGUUAUGAACGACUACGGAACGUUUGCUAAAGAACAAUCGACAAGACUGGCCAAAGCGAUCGAGGCCGGAAUACCUGCUACUCUACGUGGCAUGUACAGGUCUGCCUCGAAAGAUGCCGAGUUGGAACAGCUCUAUGCCAACUUGUUGAAGGAAACGAGUCCACAUGAAAAGGCGAUUUCUCGAGACCUGGCGUCCCUGAA